AUGCAAGCAUUCGCAUCAGAUGUGGCGCCUCUCCAGAGAAAAUCGUCAGGUUUCGGCUCGAUCCGGAAAAGGUGGCCGGGCUUCAAGCCGGACUCUAAGCCGGACUCUAAGCCGGAAUUCAAGCCCGACUCCAGGCUUGACUCUAGGGCUGAAUCCCGAUCGGGGGCCAAAGCUGACUCCAAGGUGCAAGCUAUGAAGCGCCGGUCCAGUUUGAUCAUCACUGGUGCUACUGGUCUAUUCUCACGCAAAGAAGGGAACCGGCGGCACCAGGCUCGCGAGCAGGCCAAUGAUGGUCAGUCUGAUGCCAGCCCUCAAGCCAGCACUCUGGAAGAGCAGACGGCAGUGGGCGAAGGCUCUGGUGGCGGCAAGGAGAACGUCGACCCAGCGGACCCCGACCGCUCGCGUCAAAGGCCGGAGCAGCGUAGACGGCGCCCUCUUUCUGAUGGCCAGGAGCGUGUACCAAUUGCUUCCGCCCAGAAAUCGCAGGGUCAUGAACGUUCCAAGAGUGGUGGUUCAGGUGAGGCAUUGGAAAAGCCCAAGAAGCUCCUUUCUCCGAAGUAUCUUUCCAAGCGCCGGUCCGAGGCCGAGUUCAAGAAGCGCUCUUCUGCCGAUCAGAUCGAGAAGCGCCGGUCCGUGGGCAAUCUCGAUGAGCUCAUGUCUGAGUCUCCCGAGAGCACUCCAAGUGGUUUAGGACUGCAGUUCUCAGUGGCUCUGCGUCUUCGAGAGGUCUGA